AUGCAAAGAUAUACAAAAGGAUUUGAAUCUACUGAACGUCCAAGAACAAUUUCACUACCCAAAAUAAAACAAGAAUCAUAUAAACAAACUGUGAAUGAGAAUAAAUCAUCAUUAUUUAAAUCUUUCAAUCAGCAAGAUCUCUUAACACCAGAUUCAAAUGAUGCUAUAGAACAUUGGCUUCUAGUUCAACCUGAGCCAAAUAAACGUGUUCAAUUUGCAAAUAAUAUUAAUAAUAAUGAUGAAACAAUUUCACGGUUAAAUAUCAAUAAAUCAGAAUCAUUAUCGGAUAUUAAUCAACAUGUUCAUCAAUCAAAUUUAUCUCCAAUUCAUGAAACUCAAUCAGAAAACAAUAAUACAAAUGAAUUAUUAAAUAAAAAUGGUAUUCAUUCAACACCAAUAGUUAAGCCUAAAUUUUAUCCUUCAAUAAAUAAUAAAGCUUUAUCAAUUUCAACUGUAACAUCAUCAUCAACAGCAGGUUCACGUACUGCAUCAUUUUUACCAACUACAUCAUCUGUUGAUCAUCGUACUACAUCAAUAGAUAAUUCUUCAAGUAUAAUAAGUUCAUCAAUAAUGAAAUAUCGUUUAUCAAAUUUAUCAUUACUCGAAUUUAAUACAUCGUUAUCUGACAUUGAUAAAAAAAAAUUUAAUGAUAUUCGUGAACAUGUUCCUGAAGAAUUCGAACAAUUAUUACCAACAUUAUUGAAAUUAGGUAUUAUUGUAUGGCCAAAAAAAUUUUUCGAUAAGAAAGAACAAUUAACAUUAAAAGAAAUAAGACAACGACAAAAUUUAAUAUCAAUUAUUGAAAAAGAUGAACAAAAUUCUAAACGACAACAUUAUCUUCAAAAUUUAUAUGGAAAUAUUUUACCACAUGAUGAUAUUUUACAUAAACAUCAUUUAUUAAGAGAAAAUCUUUCAUUUCAUGGUCAAUUAUCUUUACUUGAAACUUAUCGAGAUGAAAUAGAAAAUUUAUUAACAAAAAAAAUUCCAUAUUGGAAAUCAAUACCAAUGAAAUCUAUUCGAACAAAUUUCAAUGAUGAAAUAAAUUCAUUGAAUCAUUCAUUAGUCAUUCCGGCAACAAUACGAGCUAAAAAUAAAUUUUUUCAAGCAAUUGUACCACGAAAAACUAAAUCAUUUUCAAAUAUUUAUUCAUUAACAAAUGAUGAAUUAUUUUCAUUGACAUUUCCAGAUAAAAUUGAUAAUCAAUGGUCAAGAACAAUUCUUGGAAAAAUUAUUGAACAAGGAAUGGAGAUUUUAGAUCAAGUGAGAAAAUUAUCUCAACCUUCUUUAUUAAAUCAGUAUGAUCAAUGUGAUCUUAAAGAUCAAGCAAUUGUACGAAAAUUUAAACAAUGGUUAUUUUUAUGGUCAACUCUUUAUACAGAGGAAAAAUAA